AUGUCAAACAGAUCUCAGAAAAUGUACGGAAAAGCCGCAUUCGCUCUCGUCUUCGCUAUCCUCAUACUCCUCAUCACCUACUCAAUCUUCAUCGGCACUGUCGAUAUACGAUCCUACUUCCUCCCGCUUCUGCCGUCGCCACCGCCAGGUGCACAGCCCCUCUGUGCAACCGGCCCGCCUCUCAAAGUCUACAUGUACGAUCUCCCGCGCCGGUUCAACGUCGGCAUGCUGAACCGGAAGAGCACGGAGCAGGCUCCGGUCACGGCCCGGACCUGGCCCACGUGGCCCAGGAACUCUGGGCUCAAAAGGCAGCACAGUGUUGAGUACUGGAUGAUGGGCUCGCUUCUGUUCGACGGCGAUGGCGGUGAUGGGAGAGCGGCCGUUAGGGUUUCUGAUCCGGAAUUGGCCGAUGCGUUCUUCGUGCCGUUUUUCUCUUCCUUGAGUUUCAAUACUCACGGGCACCACAUGACCGACCCGGCUACUGAGAUUGAUCACCAAUUGCAGAUAGAUGUAUUGAAAAUCUUGGGGGAAUCCAAGUAUUGGCAAAGAUCCGGAGGCAGAGACCAUGUUAUCCCUUUGACACAUCCCAAUGCUUUCAGAUUUCUUAGACCACAGAUCAAUGCAUCAAUUCAGAUUGUUGUAGAUUUUGGCCGGUACCCUCAUGUCAUGUCAAAUCUGAGCAAAGAUGUGGUCUCCCCAUAUGUACAUGUUGUGGAUUCCUUUACAGAUGAUAAUCAUUCAAAUCCAUAUGAGUCCCGCACUACACUUCUUUUCUUCCAGGGCAGGACAUUCAGGAAAGAUGAAGGCAUUGUCCGUGUUAAACUGGCUAAAAUUUUAGCUGGUUAUGAUGAUGUUCACUAUGAGCGAAGUGUUGCAACAGGAGAUAACAUAAAAGCGUCUUCGCAACGGAUGCGUUCAUCAAAGUUCUGUCUGCAUCCUGCUGGAGACACUCCUUCGUCUUGUCGCCUAUUUGAUGCUAUUGUGAGCCACUGCGUUCCUGUCAUUGUGAGUGAUGAAAUUGAGCUCCCGUUUGAGGAUGAAAUUGACUACACCAAAUUCUCACUAUUCUUCUCAUUCAAAGAGGCUUUGGAACCUGGUUACAUGGUUGAUCAGCUCCGGAAAUUUCCAAAGGACAGAUGGAUUGAAAUGUGGAGGCAACUUAAUGCUAUUUCCCACCAUUUUGAAUUUCAUUACCCCCCAGAGAAAGAGGAUGCCGUCAAUAUGCUAUGGAGACAGGUGAAGCACAAGCUUCCUGCAGUCAAACUUGCUGUACAUAGAAACCGGAGGUUGAAAAUCCCAGACUGGUGGCGGAGAAGAAAGUGA